AGAUAGAAAAACCCGAAGAGCCGAAUCCAGAACAAAUUGUGUUGAAACCUGUUAGAAAACUUUCUAAAGAGGAAGAAACAAAUUAAGAAAUUAUUUUGAAACCAAUGGAAAAAGAAAAAGUGGAAGAAAAACCAGAGGAAAUGCGAUUGAAGCCAGUGAAACAGAUAGAAAAACCCGUAGAGCCGAAACCAGAGCAAAUUGUGUUGAAACCUGUUAGAAAACUUUCUAAAGAGGAAGAAACAAAAGAAGAAAUUAUUUUGAAACCAGUGGAAAAGGAAAAAGUUGGAGAAAAACCGGAAGAGAUCCGAUUGAAGCCAGUGAAAAAGCUGGACAAACCCGAAGAGCCAAAACCAGAGCAAAUUGUGUUGAAACCUGUUAAAAAGCUCACCAAAGAAGAAAUAUCAAAGGAAGAAAUUACUUUGAAACCAGUGGAAAAAGAAGAACCCAAAGAUAUAAAGUUACAACCAGUAUCUGAAAUGCUAACUGAAAUUAAAGAGGAAAAACCCAAAGGUGAAGAGUUAACAGAGAUAAUCGAAACUCCUUGGCGACGUAAACGAACAAAGAAAGUCGUUGAUUUUAAGGAUGAAGUAAUAAUAGUGCCUAUUGAUCAAGAAGAAUCUGUUAUAGACGUUUAUGAAGAAAAAGAGGCAAUGAUAAUUACAACUAAAGAUACUCAAGAUCUAUUUGAACGAAAGAUAGAAACUAUGCCAUCAUUUAAAGAAGAUAAGGUAACAGACGAAAUUAUUACAAGUGAAGUUUCGUGGAGAAAGAAGAAACAAAUACAUUUAAAGACAGAAGAAGAGAAAGAAAUGGUUAUGUUAAAACCCAUUGGAGAAGUGGAAAAAUUAAACCUAAAACAACCCGAAGGACAUAUAUUAGAUUUUAUAGAAAAUGAAAAAUUACCCGAAGAGAUGUAUGAGGAAGAUAAAGUUUUCGAAUUAAAAUCUGUAAAGCUUGAGGAGCAAAUAGCAGAAAUUUUAGAAGAGAAAGAUGAAAUCAUUACUGAAUCAGUUGUAACAAAAUCUAAGGUAAAAGAAAAAGUGCCUGAAAAAAUCUCUUCUAAUAUUGUCGAAGAAGAAGCUGCCAAGUUACAAAUUAAAACAGAUGUCACACUUGUAGAAGAUCGUAAGAGAAAACAUAGACAACGUACUCAGGUCGAUAUAUCAAUUACAGAUAAAGACAAAACGAUAGCUCCAAGAUUUAUUCAAAAAUUACAACCUGUUAUCGCUGAGUUGAAAAAAACUGCCAAAUUUACAUGUACUGUUAUAGGAAAUCCAUUGCCUGAAAUUUCUUGGUAUAAAAAUGAACAAGAACUCCAUGCGAGCGAAAAGUAUACUAUGACUAUAUUUGAGACAACGGUAACCUUAGAAAUCACAAACGUCAAAGAAGAAGAUGCUGGAAUGUAUUCUUGUAGGGCAUCUAAUCCAGCUGGCGUGGCAACAUCCACUGUCAACCUUGUAAUAUUCGAAAAAGAAGAAGAAGGCAUAGCACCGCAUUUUUCAACGCCAAUUAAACCGUUAAUGAUUGAAGAGCAUACACCUGCUUUAUUAGAAUGCAUUGUAACUGGUAUGCCAAUACCUGAAGUAAAAUGGUAUCGUGACGAAAAAGAAGUAAAACCAAAUGAAAGAACAGAGUUGAGUUUCAACCCAACUACUGGAGAAGCUAAAUUGAAAAUUUUAAAACCAAUCCCCGAAGAUGAAACAAUUUAUCGUGUUCGUGCUAUAAAUAAAUAUGGCCGCGCUGAAUGCAGAGCUAAUUUAGUGAUCAGUAACAUCGUUAAAGUGAGCAAACCAAUUGUUCUCAGAGCACCGCGAAUUACACGACCUUUGUCCGCUUUAAUAAUUGAGCGCGGAAAGUCUCUGAAACUUCUAGCUGAUUUUGACGGCGUACCGAAACCAGAAGUCAAGUGGUUCCGCAAUGGUAUUGAAAUUACACCGACCAACAAAUGCAAAAUAGACAUUUAUGAAAGUACAACCGAAUUAAAUAUAAUAGAAGUAACAAACAAAGAUAGCGGCAAGUAUGAGAUAAGAGUUCAGAAUGAAGUCGGUGAAGCGAGAAGCUCGAGUUCUGUUACUGUUAAAGAACGCAAAGACACUAUAAGCGAAGUAAAAGCACCAAUGUUUGUGGAACCUAUUCAGCCUCAAAUUGUUGCAGAAGGAGAAGUUGUUAUCAUGGAAACACGAGUGGAAUCAUAUCCAGCAGCAUCUUUUCAGUGGUUCCAUGAAAGCAAACCUCUUGAGUCGACACCACAAGUAAGAAUUGUGACUCAAGAAAAUCGAUCGAUCUUAAUGGUGAAAGAAGUCACAUCAGAAUUUGCUGGUAAUUACACAUGUCGUGCUGAAAAUGUCGGUGGUUCGGUUACUUGUACAGCCACCGUUAAUUUGAUGGAAAUAACAUGGGAAGAAGCAAUUGAAUUAGUCUCACCGACAUUCGUAAAGAGACUAUCACCUGUGAAAGUUAUGGACGGUGAGAGUGUUAAUUUAACCUGCGUCGUUGAAGGGAAACCAACGCCCAGAGUGGAAUGGUAUCACAAUGACAUGCCAAUUAAAGAAGGAAAAGAAAUUACAAUUAUUCAGGAUAUGGAGGGUGUCUGUAGUUUAGCUAUUACCGAAGUAUUCCCGGAAGAUGCUGGAGAAUAUACCUGUCGUGCUGUAAAUCCUGUUGGCGAAGCUGUUUGCAUGUCAACGCUCAUUGUUGAAGCGUACGAGUAUGUGCCGGAUUCUGAAAUUGCAUCUUCAAUAGUCGCGACAUCUCUUACCACAGGACAGAGUGGAUCAGAAGAAGAUCUUCUAUCUCCGAAAGAAACUCCUAUUUUUGACACUGAUAUAGAAGAAUCUGUACCAGAGAUAAUUAAGAAGCUUCCUCAAUUAAUUCCUACUAAAGAUGGGGAAUUAACUAGAUUGGAAGUAAAGGUGAAAGGCAAACCAAAACCGAAAGGAAAAUGGUAUAAAGAAGGAGUAGAAAUAGUCUCAUCGCAAGAAUUCCAAAUUGAGGAAUUUGAAGAUGGUACAUCAGUAUUAACAAUCGCCGAAACUUUCCCCGAUGACACUGGUGAGAUCAUAUUUGAAGCUUACAAUCCACUCGGUGUAUCAACUACAACUACGUAUUUAUCAGUAGAAGGUAUACUCGGAACAAAAGAAUACAGAAAACCGGAAUGGGUCACACAGAUGGAAGAAAUGCAGGAGGCUUUAAAAGCUACACAAGCUGUUCCACGAUUUAUCAAAGAAAUAACGGAUGUUUAUACAAAAGAGGGAGAUAUCGCUUUGUUUGAAUGUACUUAUUCUGGUAAUCCCAAACCAGAUGUUGUUUGGUAUAAGAAUGAUAAGCUUAUAAUGAAUACGAACAAUGUAAAAGUACGUAUAUUUGAUAAAGAAAACAGAACUACUCUAACAAUUAAGCAAACUACCAAAGAAGACGAUGCCACGUAUGUUUGCAAAGCUACCAAUGAAAUUGGUAUGAUAGUAACAAAAGCCAAACUUCAUAUCGAUACUAUCAGCGAAUCACGCUGGUUAAUGCCGGGCGAUAUCAAAGAAGAAGAAAAAUUAGAUAUAAAGCUUAAAAAACAAGAAGAGAGACCGCAUAGAAAGAAAAAAAUUGAGUUAAAGAAAGCGAAAGAAAUUAAGGAGAAAGUAAAAACUGAACGUCUCAAAAUUGAAAAAGAAGAAAUCUGUGAAGAGAAACUUAUUCCGAAGGAACAGAUAGAAGAAAAAAGAACUAUCGAUGUUGAAGAGACUCAACUAUUAGAAACUACAGAGUUUAUAGAAGAUAAACCCGAAGAGGUUUCUAGAGCUCGAAGAAUAGUACCGAUCCAAGAACCAAUUGUAACUGAAGCAAUAGCUUCUUUAAAGAAAAUUGACGAUCAAAAACUACAAGAACAUAUACCUAAAUUUGAAGAACGUGCCAAACAAAUUGUCGAAGAGCAAGAAAGUGUUGUCGUGUCAGAAAUCACGAGUGAAGAUAUUGCUCCUGAUUUCACUAUCGAAACAAAACUUGAUCAUGCUCAAGUUACCUCGGAAACUUUACAGCAAGUUGCAGUUUCUGAAGCACAUGUAGAAAGUUUGCAAGAAACGAAACGUAUAGAGACAAAACAAAAAAAGAUAAAGAAAAUAAAAGCUGAAAAAAUUAAAGAAGAUAUUACUGUAAAAGAGAUUGUGGAGCGACAAAAAGAAAACAUAGCUCGGGAAGUCGAUGAAAUAAUGGAGGUACUUGAUGCGACAGAAUUUGGUCCGGGAGAAUCUCCUCUUCGAGAACUCGCGACAAUUGGCUACUUGGUUCGACAAGGUGUUUCCGUAAACGAAAUUAACGAAUGCCUUUACAAGACUGAGAUUUUUCCUGCUCUAAAGACCCCCGAUGCUCAAAAUGCUUUGGUUCAAUUGGUGGAAAGAAAAGGCCACGGUCCUUUAAUCACCCAAGUACUUACCGAGGAGACGACAACUGACGAAAGUUUCGUUGCAGCGACAGUCGGUUUUCGUGCUUUUAUGAAAAUGGUUGAACUUCAGCAUGCAACUGUAGAAGAAGUCAUUAUACACUUUGCUCCAGAAGAUUUCAAACCACGUGCUUGGGAAGUUACAGAAAUUUCCGAGAUUGAUACUGAGCAACAUGCUAUGGAAAGAGUAGAUAUCGUUCGCAAAAUGGAAGUUCAUUUUAUGGAGAGGAAGGACGAAAGGAAAGCUACUCACAUACAGGAUAUUCGAGAAAUUAAAGAAUACGAGGACACACGGCAGGCACACACAACAUUGCGUAAACGCAAAGAUAAAAAACCAAGAGAUCAAAUUGAAGAAACAACACAAGAUAGGGAAGAGGGGGUUCAAUCUAUAAAAAUCGAGGAAGUCGAGGAGAUUGAUAAAGAAAGAAAAAAGGAAGAAAUCGAAGAAGAGAUUAUUGAACUCGAACGGGAUUCAAAGGGCAGAUUGAUUCGUAAACAAAAACAAAAAGAGAUGGAAAAACAAAUAAACACAGAAGAGGAAGAAGAAAUUAUUAAAAAAAUUAGAAAGACAUUAAUACCAAAAAGAUCAAACAUUGGUAGAGAUGAGAUACAACUGGAAGAGAUAGAAGAAUUUGAAGUAACAAAAGAUCAAUUACUGCCGUCUAUGGUUUUAAAUGUAUCUAGUCAACGAAAUCAAGUGAUACCAUUAGAUCGUACAAUCGAACAAGCACCUGGCAAACCCGAAUCAGAGAAAGCUAAAUACACAUUAGAUACUGUUAUCGCGCUAACAGAACAAAUGACAUCAGUACACGAAAAAGAAAUUGAUCAAGUGACAAGUACCAAACCUAUCGAACGUAAAGCGUCAAUAUCAAUCUCAUCGAUAGAACCAUAUUCUACCACGGAAACUACUGCACAUAUAUCUACUGAUGAAUUUUCUGGAUCUUUCAAAGCUACUUCUUAUGAAGCAACACCUUCUGUAAUAACGAAAGAAAGUCUUGUCAUCAGCGAAACACUGACUCACGAUGAAAGUGUGUCAAAUCUAACUUUAACUACACCAGAAACAAGUCGAAAAGCAGAUGUGCAGGUUACUGUGCAAGAAGCUACAACUAUUAGAGAGACCAUAGUUAAUCAAAGCGAAAUACCGACCGAAGAUUUUAUAACACCUUUAAGCGUUAAAGCAGAAGAUAUUGUCUUACCACAAAUAUCACUUUCGAUUUAUGAAAUACAAGAAGGUUUGGUUGAAAAUAAAUUGGAACCUAUGAAAACAGUAUUUACAAAACCUCGCGUUAACAUCAAUGCAAUAGAACCGUUGAUGGUAGAAGAAAUUCAUUCUGAGGAUAAACCAGGAAAAUAUUAUCCAGAGUUAAUAGUACCUACUGAAGUCGCUACCAAAUCGAUAAUUUCGCAACGACAACGCGUUACCGAAGAAAUGAAUGCACCUGAAAAAGAAGGAGCAUACAUUCCAGGUAGAUUACCACCAAGUCAAACGGCUCAAAUUGAAAUUUCUUAUGAAAAUGAAACAGCUAUUAUUCGUCAUGAUCUCGUACAGGAGCGUGAAGGCGAAUAUAUUCCUGAGCGAAAAGUAGAUUCUUUCGAAGUUACUCCAAAUAUCACUCUUUUAGAAGGAGUCACGAUAUCAAUGAUCGAUACUCAACAAAAAGAAGAUGAUUUGACAAUCGAAGAGAGUAAACAAGUCACAGCUGACUUGAAUGUCGUUGAAAUUAUGUCAGCUGUGACGGUAGAAACGAUGACAUCUGAAAAAGAACAAGAUUAUCAUCCUGAAGAAAAGCCUACUACUAAACUAGCCGUUACAUCGAUUUCCCCAUUGGAGAUUGGUUCUGUAACAGACACAAUUGUUCAAGAAUCUGAAGGAACUUAUAGUGUCGAUGAGAAACCGUUCGAAAUAUUGGCGGAAACAUCAAUCAGACCGGAGGAACACAUAUUGAUAUCUCAAGUUCAAACCGCAGACUAUCCCGCGGAUUUGAAAGAUAUACUCAAGUAUGUCACAGAGAGCGGUAUUGUAUCCAUUCAAUUAACCGAAGCGAAAACUGUCCUUGAAACGCUCAUUCAUGAUCGAGAGACUAGCAUGAAGGAAGAUGUUAAACCGGAAAUUCAUACGAUCGAGACCAUCUACGAUGCUAUCAGAGGUAUUGAAAUAUCACAAACAACUUUUGGAGAAAAAGAAGCCGAAUUGAAAAUUUUUGAAAUGCCUGAAUCACAUCGCGGAAAAACGGUACCUACUCAUCCAAUGAUCUCACUUGAAGUUCAGGAAACCCAACCUGAAAAUAAUUUAGGUAAAGUCAUGAAAGAAGCCGUAUCAACUGCUAUAGCUCAAAUUGAAACAGUCAGUCUGCAAGAAACAAUUGUUGAUGAGACUGUUGCAGCAGAAGAUGUAGCUCCGACGAGGAAAGAUAAGGCUCCUGAAACAAUGACCGCCGUUAUUUCAAUGAAUCAGAUUGAGAGCUUGCACACUACAAUGAUUGUAGCGGAUGAAAAAGAAACUGAAUAUCUUGAUAUAACCGAUGUUAAAAGUGCGUUUGCAAAUACUGAAUAUAUGACGCAAGUAGCUCCUAUAUAUGAACAAGUAAGAACAGAAUCACCGACCGAAGAGUACCUAGCGGUAGACAAACCUGUGAGUGGAAAAGCAUAUCCAUCUCAUAUUCCUAUAGAAACUAUCAGUAUCGUUAUGCAAGAAACCGCAGAAAAGGAAGAUGUUUAUAAAAUAGACAUAAAACCCGAAGAAAAGAUGGCGAACAUUAAACUCACAGACACGAGGCCUGGUGCCAGCGUUCUAGAAAUAAUUCCACAUGAUCUCGAGAAUAUCUACACGCCAGAUACUGGACCACAGACUUAUACGGUUGAAUCGUCCAUAACUGGUCAUACCGUCGCGUCAAAGGCAGAGAUCUUAGUGGAACAAAGUGCUGGAAAAAUAAGCAGUGAUCUACCAAAAUCAGGUAAAGCAAUAGUACAACAAGAAGCUCUGGAAGAAUUGAUAGUAACAGAAACAAAUGUCGGCGAAGUAGAACGAACCAGGGAUGAGGAUGCGAGUCCUGUUAAACAAAAUGCCGCACUUCAAGUAUGCGCUCAAUCUGAAAAUUUGACCAUCACUGAAGUAACUACCGUAUUGAAGGAAGAAGAAUUAUUAAUGAAAAAAUUACCAGACAAACAAAGGGUUGUAUUAGAUAUAACUGAGGGCCAUGAAAUUGCUGAAACACAAGAGAUGAUUCUUGCAAGCAAUAUAAGUGCAUUGAAAGAAGAAAAACCACAUCAAGAAAGUGUCAAUCAACUGCAAAGCGGAUUAGAUGUUGUACAACAAAUGGAAAUAUCAGUAUCUGAGAAAGAAUCUCCUUUAGAAACGGAUGUAAAACCUGAUAUUAAAAAAGUUGGUAUUACUUUUCAAGAAGGAGAAAGUCUGACAAUUGAAAUUACGCAUCCUGAAGACAAAGAAGAUAUACUUGGUGAAAAACAGACGCCAAAAACAGCCGAAGCUACAAUAGACGUAAUAACACAAAAUAUAGCCUCGACAUUUGAGAUUAUUAGUGGUGUCGUUCCAACUGAAUUAUCUACCAAACCUAUCCAAGAUGCACGUCCUAAAGCGACAUUAUUACCAUUUGAAAUAGCCGUUGCUGAAGAAGUGCAAACAAGAGAAACUGAAAAACCUUUUCCUCAUAUGUUGGUACCAGAGAAAAAAGCUAAUUUUGAAUUUGUAAUGGGUGAAGUUCUUGUUGUUUCUUCUGUAACAACGGGUGACAAAGAAAGCAUGCUUGCAGAAAUGGAAAAACCACAAUCAAAAUCUGCUACUUUCGAUAUUCCUACUUAUACUGUGGCAGAAGCUGCUGAAAUAACCGCAACUGACAACAUUAGCGAAUUAAUACGCGAAGAAACAAUCUCCGCAAUGGCUACGACCGAACAUAUAACUCAUCAUAGUAUCGUUACAUCCGAAAUGUCAACCGGUGACUCAGAAGAGCGUAUGCUUGAUUUCGUCAAACCAGAUAAAAAAAGAGUAGAUAUAUCGUUUGAAGAAGAAACAAGCAUAACAGUCACUGAAACAAUUGCGUCUGAUAAGGAGCGAGAAUAUUUGAAGAAACCGGAUAUUCCAGGUGAAAAAAUUAACACCAGCUUUGACGCUCAUAAAAUUGCCGAACUUACUGAGGUUACACCAGCCAUUUAUCCAGGAGACCUCAAUGUGAAAACACCAGAGACAGCAGCAGCAAAAGAGGAACGUUUGCCGUUUGAGAGUAUCGUUCAAAGCGAAACUAUUGCAACAGAAACAGAAAUAGAAUUUCAAGAUAAACAAACCAAAACCGACACUGCUCGAAUAUCCGUCGACGAGAUUAUCAGUGCUACUAUGUCUACUGAGAUUUUAGGUGAAAAGGAAGAUAUUCUUCAAAUUCCCAAAAAACCUACAGAGAAAAAAGCCGAGAUUCAAUUUGCCGGACAUAUUAUUGCUGAAAAAAGCGAAAUCACUCCAAAUUCUAGCACUGGAGAAUUGAUGGAGACAAAACCGACUUCUAUUUCAGCCACAUUCUCGAAUAUUCCGUUAGAGGCAAUAGUAGCAAUGGAAACUCAGCCAACAGAAAUGGAGACUAUACUCAAGAAAGAUAAAAUACCAUCGAUGGUUCAAGCUGAUCUUUCCAUGAUGAUGGAACAAAGUGUAGAGGUAUCUUCGGUAAUUUUAGAGGAUAAAGAAACAGAAUAUAAGCCUAAGGAAAUACCAAAAACAAAAACAGCAGAGAAAGCUCUAAUCGAAACUCAUGGCGUCGCCGAAACAACAAUACAAAUCGCUAAUAUUAGCACUGGUGAAAUUGCUACUGGCGAAGCACCACUGGUUGCCGUCGCAAUUCCAGAUCACAUAGUGUUUAAUCCACUAGUAGAAUCACAGCUUGUUAUUCAAGAAGGAGAAGAGCAAUUUAUGCCAGCAUUAAUGCCGGAAAAUAAAAUUGUAAACAUCGAUAUGGAAGAAGGUAAAGUCAUCGCGAGUAUAAAACAUAUAACACCAGCAGAUAAAGAAUCGACAUAUAUCGUCGAGGAACAACCGCGUCAAUACGCUGCUUCAUUCGACAUCGAUGCUACUCACAGUAUAGCAGAAACGACCGCGGUAGCUAUUGAACAUUCUGUAGGAAAAGUAACCAUCAAAAAGCCAGACGUUAAAACCGUAUCACCUACACAUGAAGUAUAUCAAAGUCUUUUAGUAACUGAAGACAUGAUUCAAGAUCAAGAGAAACCCUUCAAAGACAAAUUCACGCCAGAAAUACACAAAAUAGAAUUAUCUGUCGAAGAAGGUAAGCGCGUUACCUCUGUGACGGAAAUUAAAAUAGCUGACAAAGAAGCUCCCCUUGAAACAUUACAAGAAGAUAAAUCUCGCUUAGCACUCUCGGUUAUUGUUCCUGGUCACGAAGUCGCUGAGAGAUCUGAAAUAAUUACCAGUUCAAGUACAGGUGAAAUGAACGAAGUUACAGUACCAACAAAAGUAACCGCGCUAAUUGGUCAAAAACCGUUUGAGACAGUACAAUUCUCCGAACAAACCUUAGUGGAGAAAGAAAUAGAUAGGAUUCAGAAAACACCAUUAACAAAAACAAAAGCGCAUGUUAUUUUAGAUGAAAAUAGAUUCGUUGCUAUUACAGAAUCUAUUAAUGCUCAAGAUAUUGAAGAGGAAUUUGCUACAAAGAAACUUCGUCUUGAAGCGGCAAAUCUUUUAAUGGAAGGUAAAGAAGUAGCUGAACGAACGGAAAUUAAUUUACGCGAAGAACUCGGAGAAUUACCUUCAGCAAUGAAACCGAUUGUAUGUGAAGCACAUAAAACACAAUCUACUUUGGAAGGUAUUGACGUCAGUGAAAUGGUUCCUCAAGAGCAAGGUGCAAUAUUCAUUGAUAAAUUCAAACCCGAUAAGCGUAGCGCCGAGAUUAGUUUCGUCGAAGGGAAAAGUAUUACCGUAGAUCAUAUCUUAACACAAGACAAAGAAGAAACAAUGAAUAUUCCGAAAUACGAAGAGAGUAUGGCAAGAGUAAAAUUAGCAAAACUUGGUAUGGAUAUUGCUCAAAAGGCUCAAAUAUUUAUCGAACAAAAUACUGGACCGAUUAAACCUUUCGAAAAGAUACAAGCUGAAGCUCACAUAAAACAAGACACAUUUCAACCUAUUAUAGUUCAUGAAGUUCCAAGUGCGGAAAGCGAACGUACUUUCGAUAAGUAUCCGAAGAUAAUAUUCAGUACAGCUAUGCCAACAUUCGAAGAAGGUCAUGGUAUAUUUAUUACGGAGAUAACAUCUGCCGAAAUCGAAGCAUCACUGGAAGAGAAGAGACAUGAAAUAUCGCGAACAGCUGUCGAUACUAUUGUUACUGAGCACGAUAUGAUAGAGACCACAAUGGUAGAAUCGCGAGUAGACGUACCUGAACAACCUUCAGAUUAUAUUUCAACACCUCAAAUUGCCACAUCAGCGCGAGACACGUUUGAAAGCAUUAUUGUUAACGAGAAUAUUGUUGAAGAAAGCGAGAAAACUUUUGAUGAUCUUUUUAAACCUACGACACAAAAAGUGAAUAUUGAUAUAACGGAGUUAAAGCCGUUACAAAUUUCAGAAACAAUUAUCGAAGACAAGGAAGGAAUGUUGAAUAUUGUUUCAAAGCGAACUGAAGUCAAAGCUACAUCAGAUUUCGAUUUAUUCCAAACUGUUGAAGGUUCUUUCGUAGAAAGUAUACAAAAUACUCGAGAACUUCAAGAAGAAAAACCACUUUCCUCUCAAGCAAUUAUGAUUCAGACCACGGUAGAAUCAAUAGUAAAGUCAGAAACAACACCAGCCGAAAGAGAAGACAUCUUUGAAUGCAAAUUCCAACCCGAAGGGCAGAAAGGCAAACCACAAUUCGAAAGUCUUACAACGGUUGUAAUUACUGAAACAGCUUCUAAUGAAAUCGAAGAUAUCUUACCUGAAGCCGUUACACCAAAACAACAUCAGGCACAAUUAAAAUUGACAGGCAGAGAAACCGCGGAAAUCCUUCAAGUAGUAACAGCGAAUACAACCGAAGAUUUUACAAAAUCUACUAAAUUAUAUGAACAAAGAGGUAAACCAGGACUCGAAGAAUUGUCAUCCAUAACUGUUUCCGAAAUUAUUUCCAAUGAAGUUGAAAAUCUUUUAGCUAGUAAAGUUAUUCCAAAAGAUAGCAAGGCUGAUUUCAAUAUUUCUGGUAGAGAAGUCGCUGAAACAAUUGAAGUAACAACAUUAUCUGAGACCAAUGAAUUUGCUAUAGGAGGACCUGAGGAACAGAAAGGCAACCAACAAAUCAAUGAGUUAAUUCCACUGACUAUUUCACAAGUAAUUUCUAAUGAGGCUGAAGAAACAUUAGUUAGUGCUGAGCUUCCUACGGGGAAAACAGCACAAUCAAAUUUGUUUGGUAGAGAUAUCGCGGAAACAACACUAGUUUUAACAAUGACUAAUGCCGAAGAACUUAUUCCUAAAAAAGAAACUGAAAAACAAAAAGGUAAACCCAGUCUCGAAGAAUUCAUGCCAUUAAUAAUUUCACAAACAGAAUCUCAAGAAACUGAAAAUGUUCUUGAUAGUCUCAACAUACCAACUGAAAGAACGGCGCAAACAAGUUUAUAUGGCAGAGACAUAGCAGAAACUACAGAAAUAACAACUGCGUUAAGUCUAAAUAAAUUUGUUGAACUUCAAAAGCCCGAGAUACAAAAGGGAAAACCAAAUCUCGAAGAAUUAUUAUCCUUAAAUAUAACGCAAACUGUAUCCAGUGAAGCGGAAGCUUUAUUGCCUAGUCCGGAAAUGCCUACGGAAAAAAUGGCGCAAACUAAUUUAUCUGGUAGAGAUGUAGCUGAAACUAGUCAAGUUUUAACAAUGAUGAGCACAGAGGAACUUUCAAAUCAAGUAUCACCUGACGAACGUAAAGGGAAAGUACAAGUAGAAGAAUUAUCGUCCUUGACUAUAUCUCAAAUAUUAUCUCAUGAAACCGAAGAAACUUUCGAGAGUUCCAUUGCACCUAACAGACUCACUGCGAUGCCUAUGAUGUCUGGUAGAGAAAUUGCCGAGACUUCUCAGGUGCUUACUGUCACAAAUGCUGAAGAACUUUCGAGACCUAAAAGUCCAACAAAACAGAAAGGUAAACCACAACUAGACGAACUUUCUUCACUUUUGGUUUCUCAAGUAAUAUCUACAGAGAUAGAAGCACAACUGCCAAGUUUAGAAAAAUUAGAAGAGAAAACAGCCAUACCAUGUUUCUUAGGUAGAGAAAUAGCUCAGAAAAUCGAAAUUAUAACCGCUGCAACUGUAGAACAAAUACCUGAAUUGAAGGAAAAAAAUGAUCAAAAAGGAAAACCAAGCAUUGAAGAAAUGAGUUCUGUUACUGUGUCUGAAGUAAUUUCUACUGAUACAGAACAAGAAUUACUGAGACCAGAGAUUCCAAAACAGCAAAAAGCUCUCCCAAAACUACCCGGCAUAGAAGUCGCGGAGAUAUCAGAAGUUUUGACAGUGAGUAACGUUGAAGAGCUUGCAAGAUCACAAAUUCCCGAAGAACAGAUAGGUAAACCAAACUUAGAAGAACUAAUGUCAUUGUCGAUCUUUGAAGUAUCUUAUAAUGAAGCAGAAAAAGAAUUACUUGCACCAGAUGAACCAACUAAACAAAUAGCCGAAAAAACUAUGCUAGGCAUGCGCGUUGCCGAGAAAUCGCAAGUGUUUGCGUCGUUGACAACGGAGGAGAUGGCAGAGUCAGCUAAACCUCUGAUAAAAAAGUUAACACCAGAACAAAUACCUUUUGAGAGUAUACAAAAAAUUGAGUCAAUUGUUCAUGAAAGCGAAAGUUCAUUUCUUCCCGAUAAAAAGAUACCAAGUACCACAGCCGAGGUUUCAUUCGGCGUUUCUGAAGGUGUCGAAAUUAUUCAAGUAACCGCAACAGAGAAGGAAACAAAGGAGAUUGUUAAAAGCCUAGAAGAAGCAACUAAACAGAUAGCUGAAGAAAGAAUGCAGAGUAUUUACGUUGCAGAAAAGUCUCAGGUAAUUACAUCAUCAACAACAGAAGAGAUGAUGGCAUUUAUUAAGCCAGAGAUAAAGAAAAUAAUACCCGAACAAAUACCGUAUGUAAGCAUACAGCAAAUUGAAUCAAUUCCCCACGAAAGCGAGCAUUCGCUUCUUCCUGAUAAGAAGACACCAAGUAAAAAAGCUGAUAUUUUAUUCCGCGUUUCCGAAGGCAUCGAAGUUUUCCAAGUAACUGCUACGGAGAAAGAAGCAAAAGAAGUAAUAAAAAGUUUGGAAGAAGCAAAUCAACAAAUAGCCGAGCAGAGCGUGUUGAGCAUGGGCAUUGCAGAACAGUCACAAGUAAUUACAUCGUCAACAACAGAGAACAUGAUUGAGUCCGUUAAACCGGAAAUAAAGAAAAUAAUACCAGAACAAAUACCGUUUGAAAGUAUACAACAAACUGAAUCGAUUUCUCACGAAAGAGAAAGUUCGAUUGUUUCUGAAAAAGAUAUAGCUACUGCAACGGCCGAUAUUACAUUUCGCGUUUCUGAAGGCGUCGAAGUUAUUCAGGUAACCGCUACGGAAGAGGAAACGAAAAACAUUAUAGAAAAUUUGGAAAAAGCAACGAAACAGAUAGCUGAACAAACGAUACCGACUAUGCGUGUUGCAGAACAAUCUCAAACUAUUACUUCAUCAACAACAAAAGAAAUGGUAGAAUCUACAAAACCUGAGAUAAAGAGAAUAAUACCGGAACAAAUACCGUUUGAAAGUAUACAACUGGUUGAAUCAAUUCCUCAUGAAAGUGAACGUUCACUUUUCAUAGAUAAGAAAGUACCAACUACAAUGGCUGACGUUUCAUUCCGCGUUUCCGAAGGAGUCGAAGUUAUUCAAAUAACAGCUACUGAAAAAGAAACAAAAGAAAUAGUAAAAAAAGAAGAAGCAAUUAAACAGACAGCAGAGCAAAAUAUACUGGGCAUACGCGUUGCAGAACAGUCUCAAGUAAUUGCGUCGUCAACAACGGAAGAAAUUAUAGAAUUUGAUAAACCUGAAAUAAAGACAAUAAUACCGAAACAAAUACCAUUUGAAAGCAUACAGCAGUCCGAGUCAAUCCCUAAUGAAAGUGAGCACACGCUUCUCCCUGAUAAGAAGAUACCAAGUACAAAAGCCGAUGUUUCAUUCCGUGUUUCCGAAGGCGUCGAAAUUAUUCAAGUAACUGCUACGGAGGAGGAAACAAAAGAAGUUGUAAAAAGUGUGAAACAAGUAACUAAACAAGUAGCGGAGCAAGAUAUGUUAAGCAUGUCCGUUGCUGAAAAAACUCAAGUAGUUACAUCAUCGACAACGGAGGAAAUUAAAGAAUCUUCAAAGCCUGAUGUAAAGAAAAUUAUUCCAGAACAAAUACCGUUCGAAAGUAUACUACAAACCGAAUCAAUUCUUCAUGAAAGAGAAAGUUUGCUUUUCCCCGAUAAGAAAACGCCAAGUACAAAAGCCGAUAUUUCAUUCGCCGUUUCUGAAGGCGUUAAAGUUAUUCAAGUAACCGCUACGGAAGAGGAAACGAAGGAUGUUGCUAAAAGUGUAGAAGAAGCAACUAAACAAGUAGCCGAACAGAGCAUGUUAAGUAUGCCCGUUGCUCAAAAAUCUCAAGUAAUUAUAUCAUCAGAAACAGAGGAAAUUAUAGUGUCUGCCAAACCUGAGGAAAAGAAAAUCAUUCCAGAACAAAUACCGUUCGAGAGUGUACUACAAACCGAAUCAAUUCUUCAUGAAAAAGAAAGUUCGCUUCUUUUCGAUAAGAAAACACCAAUUACAAAAGCUGAUGUUUCAUUCCGUUUUUCUGAAGGAGUCGAAGUUAUCCAAGUAACCACUACGGAGAAGGAAACUAAAGAAAUCGUAAAAGGCUUGGAAGAAACAAAACAAGUAGCCGAGCAGAGCAUGCUGAGUAUGCCAGUUGCUCAAAAAUCUCAAAUGAUUGCAUCCUCAACAACAGAAGAAAUGAUGGAAUCUAUUAAACCUGAAACGAAAAGAAUAAUUCCGGAACAGAUACCAUUUGAGAGUAUACAACAAAUUGAAUCAAUUCCUCAUGAAAGCGAACGCUCGCUUCUUCCGGAUAGAGAAACAUCAAUCGCAACGGCCGAUAUUACAUUCCGCGUUUCCGAAGGCAUCAAAGUUAUACAAAUAACCGCUACAGAAAAGGAAAUAAAAGAAGUUGUAAAAGAAGAAACAACUAAACAAAAAGCUGAUCAGAGUAUGUUAGGUAUGUUCGUUGUAGAACAAUCUCAAGUAGUUACAUCAUCAACAACAGAAGAGAUGAAAGAGCCUGUUAAACCAGAGAUAAAGAAGAUAAUACCCGAACAAAUACCGUUUGAAAGUAUACAACAAAUCGAAUCAAUUACUCAUGAAAGAGAAAGUUUGCUUCUCCCCGAUAAGAAAACGCCAAGUACAAAGGCCGAUGUUUCAUUCCGUGUUUCCGAAGGUGUCGAAGUUAUUCAAGUAACAUCCACGGAGAAAGAAAUAAAAGAAGUUGCAAAAAGUGUAGAAGAAGCAACUAAACAAGUAGCCGAGCAGAGCUUGUUAAGUAUGUCUGUUGCUGAAAAAACCCAAGUGGUUCCAUCAUCAACAACGGAGGAAAUUAGAGAAUCUUCAAAGCCUGAGGUAAAGAAAAUUAUUCCAGAACAAAUACCGUUCGAAAGUAUACUACAAACCGAAUCAAUUCUUCAUGAAAGAGAAAGUUUGCUUCUCCCCGAUAAGAAAACGCCAAGUACAAAGGCCGAUAUUUCAUUCCGCGUUUCUGAAGGCGUUAAAGUUAUUCAAGUAACCGCUACGGAAGAGGAAACGAAGGAUGUUGCUGAAAGUGUAGAAGAAGCAACUAAACAAGUAGCAGAACAGAGCAUGUUAAGUAUGCCCGUUGCUCAAAAAUCUCAAGUAAUUAUAUCAUCAGAAACAGAGGAAAUUAUAGUGUCUGCCAAACCUGAGGAAAAGAAAAUCAUUCCAGAACAAAUACCGUUCGAGAGUGUACUACAAACCGAAUCAAUUCUUCAUGAAAAAGAAAGUUCGCUUCUUUUCGAUAAGAAAACACCAAUUACAAAAGCUGAUGUUUCAUUCCGUUUUUCUGAAGGAGUCGAAGUUAUCCAAGUAACCGCUACGGAGGAUGAAACAAAAGAAGUUGUAAAAAGUGUGGAAGAAGCAAUUAAACAAGUAGCCGAACAAAGCAUGUUAAGUAUGUCCGUUGCUGAAAAAAUCCAGGUGGUUUCGUCAUCAACAACAGAAGAAAUUAAAGAAUCUUCAAAGACUGAAGUAAAGAAAAUUAUUCCAGAACAAAUACCGUUCGAAAGUAUACUACAAACCGAAUCAAUUCUUCAUGAAAGAGAAAGUUUGCUUCUCCCCGAUAAGAAAACGCCAAGUACAAAAGCCGAUAUUUUAUUCGCCGUUUCUGAAGGCGUUAAAGUUAUUCAAGUAACCGCUACGGAAGAGGAAACGAAGGAUGUUGCUAAAAGUGUAGAAGAAGCAACUAAACAAGUAGCCGAACAGAGCAUGUUAAGUAUGCCCGUUGCUCAAAAAUCUCAAGUAAUUACAUCAUCAGAAACAGAAGAAAUUAUAGUGUCUGCCAAACCUGAAGAAAAGAAAGUCAUUCCAGAGCAAAUACCAUUCGAGAGCAUACAACAGAUUGAAGCAAUUCCUCAUGAAAGAGAACGUUUGCUUCUCCCAGAUGAAAAGACACCAAGUACAAAAGCCGAUGUUUCAUUCCGAGUUUCUGAAGGAGUCGAAGUUAUCCAAGUAACCACUACGGAGAAGGAAACUAAAGAAAUCGUAAAAGGUUUGGAAGAAACAACUAAACAAGUAGCCGAGCAGAGCAUGCUGAGUAUGCCAGUUGCUCAAAAAUCUCAAGUAAUUACAUCAUCAGAAACAGAGGAAAUUAUAGUAUCUGCCAAGCCUGAGGAGAAGAAAAUCAUUCCAGAACAAAUACCGUUCGAGAGUGUACUACAAACCGAAUCAAUUCUUCAUGAAAGAGAAAGUUUGCUUCUCCCUGAAAAGAAAACGCCAAGUUCAAAGGCUGAUGUUUCAUUCCGCGUUUCUGAAGGCGUCAAAGUUAUUCAAGUAACCGCUACGGAAGAGGAAACAAAGGAUGUUGUAAAAAGUGUAAAAGAAGCAACUAAACAAGUAGCCGAACAAAAUAUGUUAAGUAUGCCCGUUGCUCAAAAAUCUCAAGUAAUUACAUCAUCAGAAACAGAGGAAAUUAUAGUAUCUGCCAAACCUGAGGAAAAGAAAAUCAUUCCAGAACAAAUACCAUUUGAAGGCAUACAACAAAUUGAAUCAAUUUCUCACGAAAGCGAACAUUUAUUUGUUCCUGACAAAGAAAUGACAAGCGCAACAGCUGAUGUGUCAUUCCGCAUUUCCGAAGGAGUCGAAGUUAUCCAAGUAAUCGCUACGGAGGAAGAAAUAAAAGAAGACGUAAAAAGUUUGGAAGAAAUAACUAAACAAAUAGCCGAUCAAAGCAUGUUAAGCAUGGCAGUUGCUGAAAAAUCUCAUGUGAUUGCAUCAUCAUCAACGAAGGAAAUGAUGGAAUUCGUUAAACCUGAUGUAAAGAAAAUAACAGCAGAACAAAUACCAUUUGAGAGUGUACAACAAAUAGAAACGAUUCCUCAUGAAAGUGAACGUUCUAUUAUCGUUGAAAAAGUGGUAGCAAGUGCUUCAGCCGAAGUUUCAUUUCGCAUUUCCGAAGGUGUUGAAGUUACCCAAAUAACUCCUACAGAGAAAGAAGCAAAAGAAGUUGUCAAAGGUCUCGCUAAGGAAGAAAUCGCGCAAGCGGAUAUAAUUGAACGAAAAGUUGCUCUAAAAACUGAAAUUCAUCCGGAAAAUGUAGUAUCGGAAUUCAGUGUUCCAAAACCAGACAGUAAAACAGCUCAUGAUGUAAAAGAUGAAAAACAAAGUAUAAUUGUUACUGAAUUGCAACACAUUACUGAAAUUGAAUCAAAUCUGUCCGAACCCGUAAUUCCAAUAAUACCAAAAAUAGCAAGCACAUCUUUUGAAGCCGACUACUUAGAAAAAAUUUUAGAAACUACAGAAGCAUCAGAGCAACAACAUCAUAUCACAGUCACACAACACACCACAAUACACGAAACAAAACAACCAACAAAUGAAUCUGAUACUGAAGUAAUUGAAGAAUAUACCACAAAAUUUAAAACCGGCACUAAAGAAAAUGAAAUGGCAGCGAUUAAAACAAAGAAAACUAUAAUUCGUACAAAGAAACCAAAAACUAAAUCAGAAGAAGAAAAAAUUGUAGUAAUUGAAGAAGAAAUAGAAGACAUAGAACCACAAGUACCACCUAUACCAAAAAAACAAUUUAUGCACAUCGAAGAAGUAACAGGAGAAAUAGAAGUAGAAGAAAUAGUACCAACAAAAAUUGAAGAAUUAGAAGAAGGCACUCAAAAUCAAGAAGAAAUAAAACCAGUAGUACAAAAUCGAGAAAUAGCAGUUAUAGAAGAAAAACAAUUAUUAAUAAGUGCACCUAUAGAUAAACCAAAAGAAAAAAUCGUUUCUCCUGUACUAUAUUCUAAAUUCAAACCCUUUGAACAGGAAGAAAUAAAGAAACAAAUAACAGUGACUGAAGAGGUAAUCGAAGGAAAGGAACCAAAAAAGAUAAUUAAAAAGAAAAUCAUUAAACGUAAAGGAAAGAAACAGCAGGUAACAGAAGAAACAACAAUAGAGGAAAAAGGACAAAUACCUGUAACAACAAUUACAGAAGGUCCAGUAGAAGAAGUCAUUCAAGAAUCUGAUCUAUCACUAGUACCUUCUGAAUUCACAGAACCCCUUGAAAAGGAAGAGGUAAAAGAGGAAGUAACAGUAACUGAAAUAGUGGAGGAGAAGAAACCCCAGAAAAUAAUUAAGAAAAAAAUUAUCAAACGUAAAGGACAGAAACAGCAAGUGAUCGAAGAAAUAACUAUAGAAGAAGAAGGACGAUUACCUAUAACUACAGUUACAGAGAGACCAGUGGAGGAAAUCAUUGAAGAAAUUAUUCUUCCUACAUCACAUGUAGAAUUCAUCAAGCCCAUUGAAGAUGAAGAAACAAGGGAGCAAGUAACAGUGACUGAAGAAGUAAUCGAAGGAAAAAAACCGAAAAAGACCACUAAAAACAAAAUAAUUAAACGCAAAAGGCAGAAAGAACAAGUGUCAGAAGAAACAACUAUAAAGGAAAAGAGACAAUUACCUGUAACAACAGUUAUAGAAAGUCCAGUAGAAGAAAUUGCCGAAGAAACUGUAUUCCUUUUGCCACAGGCUGAAUUUGCAAAGCUCCUUGAAGAGGAGGAAAUAAGAGAGACGGAGCUAGUUAUAGUGAUUGAAAAAUUAAUUGAAGGAAAAGAACCGAAAAAAAUCACUAAAAAGAAAGUUAUUAAACGUAAAGGACAGGAACAAGUGACAGAAGAGAUAACAAUAGAGGAAAAGGGACAACUACCUAUAACAACAAUUACGGAAGGUAUGGUAAAAGAAAUUGUCGCAGAAAUCAUUCCUUCACUACAACCUGAAUUCGCUAAGCCUCUUGAAGAGGAGGAAGACAAGGAGCAAGUAACAGUAACUAAAGAAGUAAUCGAAGAAAAGAAGCCGAAAAGAAUCACUAAAAACAAAAUAAUUAAACAUAAAGGACAGAAGGAGCAGGUAACGGAAGAAACAACUACAGAGGAACAGAAACAACUACCUGUGACAAUAGUUACGGAAGAUACAGUAGAAGAAAUUGUAUUUACUCCCACUCAACCUGAAUUCGCCAAACAUGAUGAAGAAGAAGAAAUACGAGAGCAAGUAACUGAAGAAGCAAUCGAAGGAAAGAAGCCGAAAAAAAUCACUAAAAAGAAAAUUAUUAAACGCAAAGGACAAAAACAACAGGUAACGGAAGAAACAACUAUACAGGAACAGGAACAACUACCUGUAACAACAGUCAUGGAAAGUCCAGUAGAAGAAGUUGUUGAAGAAACUGUACUUCCUCUAUUACAAUCCGAAUUCGCUAAGCCCUUUGAAGAAGAAGACAUAAAGGAGCAAGUAACAGUAACUGAAGAAAUAAUUGAGGGUGAAAAACCGAAAAAGAUUACUACGAAGAAAAUUAUUAAACGUAAAGGACAGAAACAGCAAGUAACAGAAGAGACAACUAUAGAGGAAAAGGGUCAACUACCUGUAACAACAGUCAUGGAAAGUCCAGUAGAAGAAGUUGUUGAAGAAACUGUACUUCCUCUAUUACAAUCCGAAUUCGCUAAGCCCUUUGAAGAAGAAGACAUAAAGGAGCAAGUAACAGUAACUGAAGAAAUAAUUGAGGGUGAAAAACCGAAAAAGAUUACUACGAAGAAAAUUAUUAAACGUAAAGGACAGAAACAGCAAGUAACAGAAGAGACAACUAUAGAGGAAAAGGGUCAACUACCUGUAACAACAGUCAUGGAAAGUCCAGUAGAAGAAGUUGUUGAAGAAACUGUACUUCCUCUAUUACAAUCCGAAUUCGCUAAGCCCUUUGAAGAAGAAGACAUAAAGGAGCAAGUAACAGUAACUGAAGAAAUAAUUGAGGGUGAAAAACCGAAAAAGAUUACUACGAAGAAAAUUAUUAAACGUAAAGGACAGAAACAGCAAGUGACAGAAGAGACAACCAUAGAGGAAAAGGAUCAACUACCUGUAACAACAGUCAUGGAAAGUCCAGUAGAAGAAGUUGUUGAAGAAACUGUACUUCCUCUAUUACAAUCCGAAUUCGCUAAGCCCUUUGAAGAAGAAGACAUAAAGGAGCAAGUAACAGUAACUGAAGAAAUAAUUGAGGGUGAAAAACCGAAAAAGAUUACUACGAAGAAAAUUAUUAAACGUAAAGGACAGAAACAGCAAGUGACAGAAGAGACAACCAUAGAGGAAAAGGGUCAACUACCUGUAACAACAGUCAUGGAAAGUCCAGUAGAAGAAGUUGUUGAAGAAACUGUACUUCCUCUAUUACAAUCCGAAUUCGCUAAGCCCUUUGAAGAAGAAGACAUAAGAGAGCAAGUAACAAUAACUGAAGAAAUAAUUGAGGGUGAAAAACCGAAAAAGAUUACUACGAAGAAAAUUAUUAAACGUAAAGGACAGAAACAGCAAGUGACAGAAGAGACAACCAUAGAGGAAAAGGGUCAACUACCUGUAACAACAGUCAUGGAAAGUCCAGUAGAAGAAGUUGUUGAAGAAACUGUACUUCCUCUAUUACAAUCCGAAUUCGCUAAGCCCUUUGAAGAAGAAGACAUAAAGGAGCAAGUAACAGUAACUGAAGAAAUAAUUGAGGGUGAAAAACCGAAAAAGAUUACUACGAAGAAAAUUAUUAAACGUAAAGGACAGAAACAGCAAGUGACAGAAGAGACAACCAUAAAGGAAAAGGGUCAAUUACCUGUAACAACAGUCAUGGAAAGUCCAGUAGAAGAAGUUGUUGAAGAAACUGUACUUCCUCUAUUACAAUCCGAAUUCGCUAAGCCCUUUGAAGAAGAAGACAUAAAGGAGCAAGUAACAGUAACUGAAGAAAUAAUUGAGGGUGAACAACCGAAAAAGAUUAUUACGAAGAAAAUUAUUAAACGUAAAAGACAGAAACAGCAGGAAACAACUGUAGAGGAACAAGGACAAUUAUCUGUAACAACAAUUACAGAAGGUCCAUUAGAAGAAAUCGUUGAGGAAACUGAAUAUUCUAUGCCACAAUCCGAAUUCGCCAAGCCCUUUGAAGAAGAAGACAUAAGAGAGCAAGUAACAAUAACUGAAGAAAUAAUUGAGGGUGAAAAACCGAAAAAGAUUACUACAAAGAAAAUUAUUAAACAGAAAGGACAGAAACAGCAGGUAACACAAGAAACAACUAUAGAGGAACAAGGACAACUACCUGUAACAACAAUUACAGAAGGUCCAUUAGAAGAAAUCGUAGAGAAAACUGUUCUUUCACUAUCUCAUCCCAAAUUUGUAAAACCUUGUGAAAAGGAAGAAGUAAGGGAGGAAACAAAAGUAACUGAAAUAGACGUUGGAAAGAAAAAACCGAAAAAAAUCAUUAAAAAGCAAAUUAUUAAACGUAAAGGACAAGUGAUUGAAGAAAUAACUGUAGAAGAAAAUGAUAAGUCACCCGUAACAUCAAUUACGGUUGGCCCAAUCGAAGAAAUUGUUGAAGAAACUUUAUUACCUUUACAACCUGAUUUCGUCAAAAUUGAAGAAGAAAAUAUAAAAAGAGAUACAUUAAUUGAAAAGCCAAUAAAAGGAGAAAAACCAAAGAAGAUUAAAAAGAAAAUUAUUAAACAAGGAAGUACCAAAGGAAUAAUUAUAAGUAAUGAGGACAAAGAGGAACAGGGGGCAAAAGUUACAAAUCUUCACGCAGACACUACACCUGAAAUACACAUUAAAUACGAUGAAAUGAUAAAAUCUAAAAUCAGUAAAAAGACUUCGGAAGGUACCAGAGAAGAAGGGCUGUAUCAGGAAAAAGAAUCAAUUUACGAUAUACCUGAAGAAAUUAUAGAAGAAGUUGUAACAAAAGAAAUAGAGUUUCAAAAAGCUCAACUCCUUAUACAUAAAGAAGAAUCGGUAGAAAUUACAAAAAUAGAUCUCAAGGAACCACCAAUAGAAAAAAAGAAAAUAUCUAUCAUAGAAGAGAACGAGAAUAUUGAAAAACCGAUACAGAAAGACAUUAAGACAAAAAAAGUACCAAAGAAAAAGGAUGAACGUGUCAAGGUAAUCGAGGAAAUAAAAUCAGAGGAAAUUGUUGAAAUGCCAUCCAAAAAAAUAAUUAAGAAAAAGGAACAUAUAAUAGACACUGCUGACGUUCUUGAGGGAGCCGUAGAAGAAAUCCAAACGGACAUGCCAAAGAAAGAAAAGGCUAAAACUAUCGUGGAAGACAGAAAAGAAAUUGUUACAGUUACAAAAAUAGAUACACAGCAAUCAAUUGUUAAAGUACCUGAGGAGAAAAUUGAUCAAAAACCAAUUGAAGAUACUCAAAUAAUUGCUAAAGAAAAAAUAGUCGAACUUAUCGAAACACCAAUAGAAAAGAAAAUAAAGAGAAAAAAGGAAAAAUCUCAUGAAGAUAAUGUGCUACAAGAAAUUGUUGAAGAAAUUGUUUUAGAUAAACCAGAAAUAGAACAAGCUCAAACUAUAUUCACUCCUAGAGAAAGUAUCGAAGUUGUGCAAAUCUUAACUGAAUCCUCCAUUACUAAAUUCACAGAAGUUGAAGCUAUACCAAGAGAAGCUGCGAUACAUGAAAUUAAAAAAGAAGAAAGCCCAAUAAAGACAAUUUUACGGGAAGAAACAAACACGAUUCCUGUGCAGGAACAAAUUACUAUCGAAAUUACUAAAGAAAUACAGGACAAAAAACCAAAAGAAGAAGAAAUAAAAUUGACUAUUAUAACAAAAGAAGGAAUUGAAGUUACUGAGGCAAUUCCGGACACUUCUACUGAGGAUCUUCUUGAAAUAAUAAAACCAGUGAAAGAAACGAUACUGCCAGUGAAAGAAGAGGAACCACAAGUUGAUAUAAAAGAAGUUACUGUGAAGAAAGCACCGAAAAGGAUUAAAUCAGUACAUACAAGUAAACAACAAGUUAAAGAAGAAAUUGUUGAAGAUAUUACAUUAGAAAAACCAACACAAGAAAAAGCGGGAGAAAUAAUAAUUGCAAAUGAGGAAAUAGAAACUACGGAAAUUAUUUCCGAAAUCAUAGCCAAUGAAAUUGAUAAAAAUAAAACACAAGAAGAGCAAAUUAUGCCAGAAAAGAUAGAUGAUAGUGUAAAAGCUAUAGAAAUAAAGGAAGACCGACCAGAGGAAGCAGUAGAGGAUAUAAAAAUGAAAAAGCCCAAAAAGGAAAAGGCUAAAAAGGAUGUGCUUUUACAAGAAAGUAUUGAAAUUUCAGAAGUAACAACAGAAAUAGUACCUAAAGAAUUCAUCACAGAAAAAACAUUUGCUGAAGAGGAAGCAGAAUCAAGUGUUACACCAAUAGAAAUUAUUGAAAUUACUAAAGUUGAUCUAGCUGUAGCAGAUGGUGAAAUAACAAAAAAGAAAAAAACAAAACUUAGAAAGACUGACAUUAAAGAAGAAAAAGAAAGAGAAAUAGUUCCUAUCGAAAUAAAAGAGAUCACUCCAGAAAAAAAACAGGAAGAAGAAAUAGUAGAAAAAGUAACAUCCAGCCAACCUAAAUUAGAACAAAUAAAAAUAGAGAAAGUUGCAUUAGAAACUACAGAAGUGACAGAAAUAAUUCCAGAAGUUAAAAUGGAAGAUACUUUAAAGGAGAAAAAACCCGAAGAUGAAUUGAAGGAAAUAAAAACAAUACACCCCGAAAAAAUAAAGGAAUUUGAAAAACUAAAAGAAGAAAUUACGUCUACUGCAGAAGAAAAACCAAUGGAGCUUAAACCUAUCGAGAAAAUAAAAGAAAAGAAAGUUAUAAAGAAAAAGAAGAAAAAAAUCGUCAAGAAAGAUGAUAUAGAGGAAUGGAUAGAACCUGAGUAUGAAAGACCUGUAUUAGAACCAAUGCCUGAAAAAAUUCAAUGGGAGCCAUUAAAAAAGAAGAAAGAAAAGAAAAUAUUGCCUGAAUCUGUGCAAAAAUUAGUUCCACAGAAAAUUGAAAGAAAAGAAAUCAAACCUACAAAAUUAAAAUAUAUUGAACCAAUGCAAGAAACAGUCCAAUUUGGCACGAUUAAAUUGAAAAAAGUACCAAUUGUUAAGAAAAAAGAAAUAAUUGAACCAAUAUUUCCUAAAAUCAUGUUACGAAGUAGAGUUACAUUUAUCGAUGACUAUCCGGCACAAUUACAAAUACCAAAAGUUACGUAUAUAGAAAAAAAUCCAAUACAAGUUGGCAUUUUAUCUAGAAAUACAGAAGAAGCAUUACAAGUUAUAAAGAAGAAAUACAAAAAACCUAAAGUCUUAGAGAAAGAUUUGAUUGAAUUAGAGAAAUUAGAUAAAGAGUUUGAAGAACUAAAAAAGGUUCCUUUAGAACAAGUAGAAGAUAAAUCUAUUUAUGAACGGACACCCAAAAAGUUACAGGAAACGUUCGAAGAACCACAAAAGCUCAUUAUUGGAAAAGGUGAAAUAAAACAAGAAGAUAAAAUUAUACCGGAAGAGAUCAAACUAAAGAAAAUACCGAUAAAGAAAUUAGAACAAGUAACAGAAAAUAAAGAAGCACCUAAAAUAAAAGAAUCCAUAGACGAUACGCCUCUAGAAAAAGAACAACAACCUCAAAAAGUAUUCACAUUUGAUGAAUUCAAACCAAUAAAAUUUGAUAAGCCAGAAAUUGAAAAAUAUAUACCUGAAGAAUUCGAAAUAACCAAAAAACCAGAAACUGAACCUGACUCGAAGUCAUAUAAACCAUUUAAGAGAAAAAAACCUGAACAAGAUAUGGAGCAAAUUCCUUUAAUAAAGGGUAUACCAAAACCACAGGAACCUGAAGAAGAACCCGAGAUCAAUUUCCGAAUACCAACUUCAGAAAAACCCGAAGAUGAACCUGAAACAAUAAUUUUAAAAGGCUGGACAAAAACUAAACCCGAAGAAGAAAGCACAGAAGAACAGCCAACUAAGGAAAAAGACAUUAUACCAACAACGCCCAAAAACAUUACUGAUGACUUUACAGUAAAACAGAAGAAAAAACAGAAAAAGAUCAAAGAGAAAGAAAUAAAACCACAGGACAGUAGUGAAGAUACUAUGUUAAAAAAUAUUCCUGAAGAAAAGCAAGAGAUACCAACAGAAGAAUUAAUUGUAAAAAGAAAGAAGUCAGAACCAAAAGAACAGCAAGGUGAAUUAGAUAUUUCUCAAGAAGUGUUAUUAAAAAAACCAAAGCAGUUUGCUGAAGACAAAAUAGAAGCUGAAAUAUCAAUUACAAAACCGAUUAUUAAGGAGAAGAAAGAAGAUGCCAAAGAAAUCAUUGAAGAAAUUACAGUAAAGAAAAAACCAAAGAAAAAGUCCAUAACCGAUGACCUUGCUGCUGAAAUAGUUGUAAAAGAACCCGGUCCAAAAGAGAAAGAACAAAUGCCGGAAGAAAUCUCUGAAAAAAUAGUACUAAAGAAACCAAAAGAAGAAUCUGUCAAGGAGGAAGUCACUGACGAAGUAACGAUUGAAAAAUUAAUUAUUGAAAAAAGAAAAGAAGAAACUGAGGAAGUUACAUUUAAAAAGAAACCAAAGAAAAAACCCGUUACAGACGAAUCUGCUGCAGAAAUAACUGUAAAGAAACCCAUUCCAAAAGAGGAAGAGCAAUUGCCGGAAGAAAUCUCUGAAAAAGUGUUACUAAAGAAACCAAAACAAGAAAUUCUCAAGGAAGAAAUCGCAAAUGAAGUGACACUUAAGAAACCUAUUGUCGAAGAAAGAAAAGAAGAUGUAAAAGAAGUCACUGAAGAAAUCACUGAAGAAGUUACGUUGAAAAAGAAACCAAAGAAAAAGCCUGUUACAGAGGAAUCUGCUGCUGAAAUAACUGUAAAGAAACUCGUUCCAAAAGAGGAAGAGCAAAUGCCGGAAGAAAUCUCUAAAAAAGUGGUACUAAAGAAACCAAAACGAGACAUUCUCAAAGAAGAACUCGCAGAUGAAGUGACGAUUAAGAAACCAGUUAUUGAAGAAAGAGAAGAAGAUGUAAAAGAAGUCACAGAAGAAGUUACGUUGAAAACGAAACCAAAGAAGAAGCCCGUUACAGAAGAACCUGCUGCUGAAAUAACUGUAAAGAAACCCGUCCCAAAAGAGGAAGAGCAAAUGCCGGAAGAAAUCUCUAAAAAAGUGGUACUAAAGAAACCAAAACGAGAAAUUCUCAAAGAAGAACUCGCAGAUGAAGUGACGAUUAAGAAACCAGUUAUUGAAGAAAGAGAAGAAGAUGUAAAAGAAGUCACAGAAGAAGUUACGUUAAAAAAGAAACCAAAGAAAAUGCCCGUUACAGAGGAAUCUGCUGCUGAAAUAACUGUAAAGAAACCCGUUCCAAAAGAGGAAGAGCAAAUGCCGGAAGAAAUCUCUAAAAAAGUGGUACUAAAGAAACCAAAACGAGAAAUUCUCAAAGAAGAACUCGCAGAUGAAGUGACGAUUAAGAAACCAGUUAUUGAAGAAAGAGAAGAAGAUGUAAAAGAAGUCACAGAAGAAGUUACGUUAAAAAAGAAACCAAAGAAAAUGCCCGUUACAGAGGAAUCUGCUGCUGAAAUAACUGUAAAGAAACCCGUUCCAAAAGAGGAAGAGCAAAUGCCGGAAGAAAUCUCUGAAAAAGUGGUACUAAAGAAACCAAAACGAGAAAUUCUCAAAGAAGAACUCGCAGAUGAAGUGACGAUUAAGAAACCAGUUAUUGAAGAAAGAGAAGAAGAUGUAAAAGAAGUCACAGAAGAAGUUACGUUAAAAAAGAAACCAAAGAAAAUGCCCGUUACAGAGGAAUCUGCUGCUGAAAUAACUAUAAAGAAACCUGUUCCAAAAGAGAAAGAGCAAAUGCCGGAAGAAAUCUCUGAAAAAGUGGUACUAAAGAAACCAAAACAAGAAAUUCUCAAGGAAGAUCUCGCAGAUGAAGUGACGAUUAAGAAACCAGUUAUCGAAGACAGAAAAGAAGAUGUAAAAGAAAUCACCGAAGAAGUUACGUUGAAAAAGAAACCAAAGAAGAAGCCCGUUACAGAGGAACCUGCUGCCGAAAUAACUGUAAAGAAACCCAUUCCAAAAGAGGAAGAGCAAAUGCCGGAAGAAAUCUCUGAAAAAGUGAUACUAAAGAAACCAAAACAAGAAAGUCUCAAGGAAGAACUCGCAGAUGAAGUGACGAUUAAGAAACCAGUUACUGAAGAAAGAAAAGAAGAUAUAAAAGAAAUCACUGAAGAAGUUACAUUGAAAAAGAAACCAAAGAAGAAGCCUAUUACAGAGGAACUUGCGGCUGAAAUAACUGUAAAGAAACCCGUUUUAAAAAAGGAAGAGCAAAUGCCAGAAGAAAUCUCUGAAAAAAUAAUAUUAAGAAAACCAAAAGAAAAAUCUCUCAAAGAAGAAGUUGCCGACGAAGUGACAAUUAAGAAACUAAUUGUCGAAGAAAGAAAAGAAGAUGUAGUUGAAGAAAUUACUUUAAAACCUAAGUCAAGAAAAAAGAUGUUCGAAACAGAAGAAAUGUCGGAAGUAACUAUUGUGAAACCUGUAAAAGAUAAGAAAGUAGAUGAAGAAAUUGCAGAAACAUCUGCAGAUAUAUUAUUAAGAGAAAAAGAAUCAGUACCAGAAAUUGAAGAUGUAAUUACAAAGGAAUUAACUAUUCGGAAAAUCGAGAUUAUAGAACAACCUGAAGAAGUAAUUGAAGAAUUUACUUUGAAACGCAAACCACCGAAAAAGGCUCCGAAACCAAUUGAAGAAAUUUAUGAAGAUGUUACUUUACGUAAAUUACGACCAAAGAAAAAGUCUAGAUCGGAUAUCAGAGAAGUUACUGAAGUAGAGAAUGUAACAUUUAGACCACGUUCUACAAAAAGAAAAGAGGAUGUAGAACAAGAAUUUAAAAUCUCGUUAAAUACAUAUGAAGAAGAAGAUAUUUCUAUGUCCGGUAAAGUACGUCUAAAAUCAAAAAGACGGCCGCUUACAUAUUCUGAAGAGACUGGAGAGGAAACAAUCAAAAUCAUUCAAGAAAUAGAAGAUUAUCCGAUUAUCGAAGAAGUCAUCAAUGAAUCGGAAGAAGAAGGGAAAGAAGAAUACAGUAUCGAAGAGCUUGAUAUUGACGAAAUGAAUAUACCGCUAAGACGAAAGAAAAAGAAACAAAAAACUCCAUAUACUGUAGAAGAAAUUGAAGAUGAUGUUAAAUUGCAAUUGAAUCGUGAUAGAAAAUACUCAUACGAGGAAGCCGAUACUGAAUCUUUGGCACUGAAGUUGAAAAGCAAGAGACGUAUUUCCACUUUCGAAGAAGAAGAAGCUUCUCUCAGUAUUACUAAAGAAGAGGAAAUAUCCGAAGAAGUGGAGGAACUUGAAUAUGUUGUUCGGGAAGGUGAUACAAUGUUUUCAAUUUGUUCUUAUAUUGCUGAAACAGAAGAAGCUAUUAAUUUAGUAGAAGGAGAAAAAAUUUAUAUUAUCGAUCAUAUUAAUCAGGAUUGGUGGUUUGUAAAGAAACACUUGACCGAAGAAAAAGGUUGGGUACCGGCGCAAUAUUUAUUGGAUGAAGCACGUUACACUGUUUACUUGCAACGAAAAUUGCAUGAAAAGAUUGACAAAUUGCCAAUCUUUGAGAAGCCUGCCCCCGGAGAAAAAGCCUCAGCACCAAGAUUUAUUGAAAAAUUACAACCAAUUCAUACAUUAGAUGGUUACACCGUGCAAUUCGAAUGUCAAGUAGAAGGCAUACCAAGACCACAAAUAACCUGGUUCCGCCAGACUGCUAUUAUCAAACCAUCUACUGAUUUUCAAAUAUAUUAUGACGAGGAUAACGUUGCUACCUUGAUAAUCAAGGAAGUCUUUCCCGAAGAUGCCGGCACUUUUACCUGCGUUGCGAAAAAUGCUGCAGGAUUUGCGUCCAGUACUACUGAGCUUAUUGUCGAAGCUCCUUUGUCAGAUCACGGAUCAGAUGUUACUGGUCUCUCGAGAAAAAGUCUUUCGAGAGAAUCAUCUUUAGCCGAUAUAUUAGAGGGUAUACCACCUACAUUUUCCCGAAAGCCGAAAGCGAAAUAUGUGAAUGAAGGUGACGAUGUGAUAUUAGAAUGUCGAUUGGUCGCUGUACCGGAACCAGAAAUAACAUGGCAUCACAAAGACAUACCAGUAAUUAGUCAACAGAACGUUAUUGUUGCAACUGAAAGUGACAUGCAUAUGUACUGCAGUGUCGUAAACUUCACUAAAAUUCAAAAGAAGCAGGAGGGAAGAUACAAGAUUAUUGCUAAAAACAGAGAGGGCGAGGCUACUAUCGAUAUUCCUGUAAAGGUAAAAACUGGAAAGAGCGAACCACCUGAAAUUUUAGAACCGUUACAAUCCUAUAUAGUUAAAGAAGGUGAGACUGUUGUCUUAUCGACUCAAAUAGUCGGUAAUCCAUCACCGAAAAUAACAUGGUACAAAAACGGGAAACCAUUAAAGGGCUCGCAAUUAAAGCAAGACGGACAUGUUAACAUAUUAAAUUUGAUCCAACCUCAAUUAGCAGAUAGUGGGGAAUAUUCGGUUACAGCUAUCAAUGAUAUGGGCAAAGCUGAGACUCGGGCUACAUUGACUGUUGAGAAAGUACCAAGUGGCGCUCCAGAACCACCAUUAUUCACCAAACGUUUCCAAGAAGUAAUUGUUCCGGAAAAAGAUACUUUUAAGUUAGUUGCCAAAGUUACUGGUAAUCCCGUUCCCGAAGUUACUUGGCUUAGAAACAACAAACCGCUUGAUAAAUCGGUCAAUAUCAUAGAAAGUUAUGAUGGUGAGAACAUCCUACUUGAAAUUAAAAAUGCAGACUCUGAAGUCGAUGCUGGAGAUUAUAAAUGCGUCGCUAGUAAUUCAGUCGGAAAAGCUUCUCAUGGUGCAAAAGUCACAGUAGAUGUUGCUAAAGUUUUUUUCACAAGGAAUUUGCAAAAUGAAAUCAUAGUCAACGAAUACAAAACUCUAGAAUUAAGCUGUGAAACAUCCCAUACUGUUUCUACGAUGUGGUGGCACAAUGAUAAAGAAAUUAGCGGGAUGGAUCAUCGCGAGAUAAUUCAAGAAGGACGUCUACACAAGUUACUUAUUAAGAAGAGUGGUCUUUCCGACGCAGGAACAUACAAAUGUACUGUCAAGAACCAAAUGACGUUUAGCAAUGUUAUCGUUAAGGCUACCAAGCCAGAAUUCGUCAGGAAAUUGCAAGAUUUUGAGGUAAAAGAACGCGAUGUGGCGAUUUUAGAGGUUGAGAUUACAUCCCAAACGGCCGAUGUCACAUGGCGAAAAGAUGAUGAAUUAUUAACACCAAGCAAAGGAAAACUAGAAUUUAUGAAAGAUGGUACCGUAAGAAAACUUUUCAUCAGAAAUACAUCGGUUCACGACGAAGGCGAAUACACAUGCGCUCUUCUAGAUCAAGAGUGUACAGCAGAAGUUACAGUUGUCGAAUUACCACCAGAGAUCAUUAUCAAAAUGCAAGAUAUAACUAUAGCUACAGGAGAGAAAGCGACUUUCGACAUAGAAUUAACAAAAGGUGACGCUCUGGUACGCUGGUUCAAAGACGGGCAAGAAUUGCAAUUUUCUGAGCAUGUGCGAUUGUCAAUCGAUGGCAAAAGACAAAAAUUGAAAAUUUAUGACACUGAAGUAGAAGAUGCAGGAAUCUAUUCCUGUCAAGUUGGUGAUCAAACUUCGUCAGCCAGAUUGACAGUCGAAGAAUCCGAAGUAGAUUUUAUUAAAAAAUUACCAGAUAUUACUUUAGUACCUCUCAAUAUUGAUGCAACUUUUCUUAUCGAAUUAUCACGUGCCGAUGUACCGGUAACAUGGUUAAAGAAAAAUGAAAUGAUCGAUUGUGCACAAUCGUCGAAAUAUAAUGUUAUCGACGAAGGAAAUAUUAAAAAGCUCAUUGUUAAAAAAUGCACGACCGAAGAUAUCGCUGAAUAUACUGCUGCAGUUGCCAAUGUGAAAACGUCAUCGAGAUUAAAAAUCGAAGUUAUUGAAACAUCGCCUAAAAUUCAUCCUGAUACGCUUAAAAAAUACAAAACAAUGAAAGGCGAUGACAUUGAUAUUGUUGUCAAAUUCGCGGCUAAGCCAAUUCCAAUUGAUGAGUGGAUCGUCAAUGGCCGUAUUCUUAAAAAAUCUAAACGAAUUAUUCCAUCCAUUGAUGAAUGUUCAGCCGUCUUAAUAAUCAGAGACGUACAAGAGAAAGAUUGUGGUGAUUAUACUCUAAAAUUAACUAAUCCACAUGGAGAGGAUAGUAUAGAAAUCAACGUCAUUGUUGUGCAGGUACCCGGUGCACCAGGAAUUCCGGAACCUCUUGAAAUAACCGAUGAUAGCAUUACUCUUCAUUGGAAGAAACCAGAUUCAGAUGGACACUCCUCGAUCAUAGAAUACAUUUUAGAAUAUCGAGAAAAGACAGAAACUUUAUGGAGCAGAAUCACGGAGACAAUAAUUGAAACUACAUAUAAAUUAACCAACUUAAUCUCCGACAAGGAAUAUACCUUCCGUGUAACAGCUGUUAACGAAGCUGGACCAGGGGAAGCAUCGCUGAAUACGCCAUAUCUAAGAAUUUCCAAGUUAUCAGCGUCUGAGCCACCGACCGUUCUUGAAGCACUUAAAAGUAUCGUCAUUGGAUUAGAAGAGACCGUCACACUUUCUUGCGUAAUUGGUGGUGUACCAACACCUCGUAUUACAUGGUUGAAAGAUGGCAAGGCUUUCGAAGAUAGUGAUAUUACAUACGAAAACCAUUUAGCUAAAUAUACUAUUCGAAAAACUACUGAGACAUCUUCAGCCACAUUUACGGUUAAAGCUCAAAAUGAUGCAGGAAUGGCGGAAACAUCAUGUCAAUUAAAAAUUCAAGAAUCUCCAAAGAUCACUUGCGAUGAAAAUUUAAGAAAGCAGAGACUAACAGUGGGCGAUAAAUGGAAAGCUGAGAUUCAUUUUAGUGGUUUUCCAAAACCGGAAGUAACGUGGACGAUAAAUAACAAAACAAUAAUUGAUAAGCGCAUUUCCAUUGAGACUAAGGAAAAUACAUCUAUUAUUAUGAUUUCUUCGCUUGUUAGAAAUGACACAGCUAUCUAUACAGUGAAAGCAUCGAAUGAAGCCGGUAGCUCAUCAAUGGAAUGUCAUCUUCGUGUUAUAGAUAAACCAAGUAAACCCCAGGGACCAGUUAUCGCGAAAGAAAUUAGACAAGAUCGCGUCACCAUAGAAUGGCGACCGCCGAUCGAUGAUGGUGGUGUUGAACUGGAAAGAUAUACCAUUGAGAAGUGCGAAAUGAAUAAGAAAGCUUGGACAAAAGUAGGUGAUGUUGACAAAGAAGUUGAGAAUUUCUGUGUGCAGAAAUUGCAGCAAGAUGUCGACUACCUAUUCAGAAUAGUUGCUAGAAACUCGGUCGGAUCCUCAGAUCCUUUGGAAUCCGAACCAAUUCGAACAAGAACAUCAUUCGAAAUACCGGGUCCACCGAGAGGACCACUCGAAGUUUUUGGAAUGACGAAAACAUCAUUCACAUUAAAAUGGGAACCACCAAAGAAUGAUGGCGGGACUCCUAUUAUAGAAUACAUUAUCGAAAUGAAGGAGACAUCUAAGAAAACUUGGCAAAGAAUUGCGAGUACAAAGGGGGAAGUCACUAAUGUUACUGUAUCCGAUUUAAAAUUGGACACAUCGUACAAUUUCCGAAUAAUAGCUAAAAAUAACGUUGGUACUGGUCCUCCAUAUACAGCAGAAGAAGUGAUUACAACCGGUAAACAACCGACACCACCUUCGUGCCCGCUAAACGUUCGAGCAACAAAUGUCACUAGCAAAAGCGUCACUCUCAGUUGGUCACCACCAACUACAACAGGAGGAUCAGAAUUGACAGGUUAUGUAAUCGAGAAGAGACCAUUAAUCGGAAAAGGCGCCAGGUGGUCAAAAGUUGUCACUUUGGAUGCUACAACACACCAAUAUUGUAUAGAGAACCUAAAAGAAAGCGAAUUCCUCUUUAGAAUCUUUGCUGAAAAUAGUUUAGGUCUUAGCAUACCUACUAAUUCCGAGCCGAUCACGCUAAAAACUCAUGCUAAUGUUCCAUCACCACCUACUGCUCCGUUAGAGAUGAGACAGAUUGCAGCGAAUACAAUGGUAAUCGAAUGGGGUAGACCCGAAUCAGACGGCGGUGCAUCUCUCGAGGGUUACAAAAUUGCUAUUAGAGACGCGAAGAAAACUAUGUGGAUGGAAGUGGGAAGAGUUAGCGCGGACAUACAAAAAUUGAACAUUAGAGAUCUGCAAGAGAAUCACGAAUAUCUCAUAAGAAUCUUCGCACGAAAUGAGAUCGGAUUUAGCGAUCAUUUGGAAUCGGAAGAACCCUUUAAGAUCGUACCGACAUCAGAACUAUCGUGCGUGGAACUAAUUGCAGAGGCUAUGGACAAAGGUGAGACCGCAUCAAUCAGCUUUAGUACGGAAAACACAAGUUCAUGGUUAAGAGAACAUAAUAUGGAUGCCGAUAUACAUUCAUACGCGAGAGCAAGAUUACUUAGGAAAGAUGAGUACUUUUUCCGUAUUUGGCACUAUGCUAAAAAGUUGUUUGAAUAAGCAUUUGUUAUACACGUGUAAUACACGUGUUACACACGUUUUGAACAUUUCUAUUAUUAUUGUAGAGUGUCGGAUAUAUAAUUGAUUCUUUUCCGCGAUUGCAAUUUUAUUUUUUCAUCGAAUGUUGUAUUAUAUAUUAUGUCAAUGUAUUUAAUCAAUAUGCAUGAGUCUAACUCUUGAAAUAAUAUAUCGGCGAUAGAGACAUCAAUUGUUCCUUUCUAAAAUCGAUUUGCGUAUAAUGAUUAUAUAUAUAUAUGUCAAAACCAAUUUACGUAAGACUGGAUGGUGUUUACCGAGUGUUAAUCUAGUUAGGGUAAAGUGAUUUUCUUUUUGACGCUUUUAUUAAAGCGCUCAGGAAAUGUACUUUAUUGUACGAAUGAUUUACUUUUUAUUCUAGUUUCGUGUUUUGAAAUAUUGUAAAUUACGCUCUCGUGCAGUUUUAUAAAUUUGAUUCCCUGCCACUAAUCGCACAUUGUGUGAUGCGCAUCGUUAAAGUAUUAUGUAUUUACUAGCUGGUAAUGACAAGCAUUAUACUUGGAAAAUUCUUCGAAAUUUUCAAAUAUGCGGCAUUCUACAUCUAUUAUGUAUCUGUUUAGCGAUGUGACGAUGUAAUGUUCGUUUCUAUUUGUUUCUAUUUCUUUGGCGAAGCCAAAGUAUACGAUUACCUUAGUAUAUAUUCUCCAAGUAUAUAUUGAUUGUUUCUUGUUAUUAUUAUCCGCGAUUAAUUCAAUUUUAAUUAACAUUAUUAAUGAUAUCGAUACAUCAAAUUAACAAAAUGAAGAAAUAUCACGCGUGUUUGGUAAGUGAGACGUAAAAUAUAGGUGCAAUCAUGAAUUAUUAUCAACCAA